UGGCCGCAGCCGCCGGGUUCGGGCUCCUCCCUCCUUCCUCCUCCCCCUUCCCUCCUGUCAUCACAGUCGCAGCCGCCAGUUGCCUGAGCUCAUCCCAGAGGCCCGGGUCCUCAGCCUCAGCUGCUGCAGCGCCAGGGAGCCACGAUGUCUGACAAAAGCGACUUAAAAGCGGAGCUGGAGCGAAAGAAGCAGCGGCUGGCCCAGAUCAGGGAGGAGAAGAAACGAAAGGAAGAGGAGCGGAAGAAGAAAGAGGCGGACUUGCAGCAGAAGAAGGAGCCGGCUCCGGAAGACUCGGACUUGGACCGUAAGCGGAGGGAGACGGAGGCGCUGCUUCAGAGCAUCGGCAUCUCCCCAGAGCCACCGCUAGUGCAGUCGCUGCAUUUUGUAACAUGGGAUACCUGUUAUUUUCAUUAUUUAGUCCCAACCCCUAUGUCUCCCUCCUCGAAAUCAGCGAGCACGCCUAGCGAAGCCGGCAGCCAAGACUCCGGAGACCUGGGACCGCUGGCGAGCUGCCUUAGGACCCUGCAGUGGGACACUGACCCCUCAGUGCUGCAGCUCCAGACAGACUCAGAAAUUGGGCGGAGACUACAUAAGCUCGGCGUGUCCAAGGUGACUCAAGUGGACUUCUUGCCCAGGGAAGUUGUAUCUUACUGCAAGGAGACCCAGACCCCACUGGACACACACCAGUCAGAAGAGGAUGAGGAAGACGAAGAAAUGGUGGAGGCCAAGGUUCGGCACGACUCAGACCAGGAGCACCCAGAUGAGAAGCAGGCGGUGAAGGAAGCCCCUCCCCGGGAGCUGACGGAGGAAGAAAAGCAGCAGGUCCUUCACUCGGAGGACUUCCUCAUCUUCUUCGACCGCACCAUUCGCGUCAUCGAGCGCGCCUUGGCCGAAGACUCAGACAUCUUCUUCGAUUACAGCGGGCGGGAGCUGGAGGAGAAGGAUGGGGAUGUUCAAGCCGGGGCAAACCUGUCCUUCAACCGCCAGUUCUAUGAUGAGCAUUGGUCAAAGCACCGGGUGGUCACCUGCAUGGACUGGUCUCUCCAGUACCCAGAGCUGAUGGUAGCAUCUUAUAAUAGCAACGAGGAUGCGCCCCAUGAGCCCGAUGGAGUGGCCUUGGUCUGGAACAUGAAAUUCAAAAAGACCACACCUGAGUACGUCUUCCACUGCCAGUCCUCCGUGAUGUCCGUCUGCUUGGCUCGCUUCCAUCCCAACCUGGUGCUGGGCGGCACCUACUCGGGUCAGAUCGUCCUCUGGGACAACCGUAGUCACCGGGGGACACCAGUGCAGCGGACACCCUUGUCUGCAGCUGCGCACACGCACCCUGUCUACUGCGUCAACGUGGUGGGCACCCAGAAUGCUCACAACCUCAUCACUGUCUCCACCGACGGCAAGCUGUGCUCCUGGAGUCUGGACAUGCUUUCCACACCGCAGGAGAGCAUGGAGCUGGUGUAUAACAAAUCGAAACCUGUGGCUGUCACUGGGAUGGCCUUCCCAACAGGAGAUGUCAACAACUUCGUGGUUGGCAGUGAGGAGGGCACAGUCUACACAGCCUGCCGUCACGGAAGCAAGGCUGGCAUUGGGGAAGUCUUUGAAGGACACCAAGGACCAGUGACGGGAAUCAACUGCCAUAUGGCCGUGGGUCCCAUUGACUUUUCACACCUCUUUGUCACCUCAUCAUUUGACUGGACAGUCAAGCUGUGGAGCACCAAGCACAACCGGGCUCUCUACUCCUUUGAGGACAACGCCGACUAUGUCUACGACGUCAUGUGGUCCCCCGCGCACCCCGCGCUCUUCGCCUGCGUGGAUGGCAUGGGCCGCCUGGAUUUGUGGGACCUCAACAACGACACUGAGGUCCCAACGGCUAGUGUCGCUGUGGAGGGGGCCUCGGCCCUCAACCGUGUCCGCUGGGCCCACACUGGCAAGGAGGUGGCCGUGGGGGAUUCCGAAGGUCGCGUCUGGAUCUAUGACGUGGGAGAGCUUGCGGUUCCUCACAAUGAUGAAUGGAGCCGGUUCGCUAGGACACUAGUGGAGAUCCGAGCCAACAGGGCAGACAGUGAGGAGGAAGGGGCGGCAGAGCUGGCUGCCUAGCACAGACGGGCACCCUGGGCUGGCUUGCGGGCCCGGCGGACGCACACUCAUUCUCCUGCGGCCAGGGCGCAUGCCUUCGUGGUCUCCCCGUGUUCUCCGUGGAUCUGGUGUUCUUGUGGCUUGCUUCACAUGCUCCCUGCAUUCAUUAAAGCACCCACCCACCCCCGCCCAUCGUGAGCCUAGCUAUAAACAGCCCGGGCGUUUCUAGACUUUAUAUUUACGUCUCCAAGGUCAAAAGCGGGAAAAGGGGAAACCAAACCUUCCUGGAUUUCUUGUUGCCUUUUAACUGCUUCGUAGCCAUGUGUGAUAGCUCUGAGCCCUGGGCCAACUGGCGCCCCACCCCAGACGCCCCCAGAUGUAGUCCUGGGGGACUGCUUAGGCCUGUGCUCCCUGCUGCUCCUUAUUUACUGGGGGCAGGGUGUAUGUGCGUGCACCCCUGAGCCCUGUGGCUGCUUGAAAGCACCCAGAUAAACGACCCUAAGGCAUGGGUGUAAUGAGCCCCUGCCCAGAGAGAUUCCUGGGCUCUGAAUCCCAAUUAGGGUGCCCGGAAAACGCCCAGCUGAGUGGCGAGGCCUGGGGGGAUCGGAGGCAUUUAAUGCCAAUUAUCCUCAAGGGUAUCUGGGUCGUGGGUGCGCAUGUCAUGUAAGCGGGCGUGGUUCUGGACCCCGGAACUGCCAAUAAAAUAUUCAAA